AUGGCCAUGACGGCAUCCGCAUCUGCACUUUGGGAAAAAGGAACAGACCGACUCUACGGUUGGCUUUGCUGGGACUCUGGGAGUAAGGCGUUCAGGGACGGCCCGUCUGCCUCAUCGAAGCGUCUGGAGCUUUUGCUCCUGGCCAACUUGUUGUUGUUGGAUGUUCUCCACUUCCCGCGACAAUCGUCGAUGAACGUCAAUGGUUCUCCACUGAUUCCGCGCAAAGAGCCGCAAUUGCACCUGCUUGACGUAAUUGACGUCAGCGUCCGUAAAGGCUCCGAAAGCUCAAGCCUGGCCGGAUUGGAGCUCGUCCUCCUCCAGCUUUGCAUAUAA